CUUCGCAGUCACGUGCUCGUCACGGCUCCAGGAAGUUCCCGCAGCACAGACAGCUCUUUUGCUAGCUGUCAAAACACUGAAUCCUGGCGGAUAUCAGCUCGAAACAACGGACAGCAAAACCCGAAAUAAAACCACAGCAUAGUGCAGGACUAUGGGAUGAAAUCCAUCUGGAUUCUGAGCAGCGAGGAUCUGUGUUCUAGCGAGAUUAAAGGGCAAAAUAUGAACGCUGCAUACUAGCCGAAAACACAACACAAGAGUUUCAGUGUUUCCGCACUUAGUUUCGGACUCAUGAAGGAUGGAGUGGGACAAUUCUGGGACAUCUGACGAGAGUCGAGCUGGUUAACAAAGACGUCUUUGUUUUAUUCUGUUUGUUCUAUCAGCUGCCAGCAGAUUGUACAGUGUCUAUCUUAGCAUUUAGGGUUAUUUGUGUUCGUGUGUUUGGUCGACCAUAAGAGCUCCAGUAUGCAUGACGCAUACGAGCCAGUCCCUAUCCUGGAGAAACUACCCCUCCAGACAGACUUUACACCCACCUGGGAUGAUUGGCUCCUUGUGGGGACCAAACCGGGCCAUCUCCUUCUGUACGGGAUCAAGAAAGAUGCAGGUACAAACAGGUUUGAAGUUACAUUAGAGAAAUCCAAUAAGAACUUCUCAAAGAAGAUUCAGCAGCUGUUUGUGGUGUCACAGUACAAGAUUUUGGUUAGUUUGUUGGAAAAUAACAUCCACGUUCACGACCUGCUCACGUUCCAGCAGAUAACUGUUAUAUCCAAAGCCAGAGGAGCCACUCUGUUUGCCUGUGACCUGCAGCAGUCCAGCUCAGGCGAGGCCAAACUGCGCAUGUGUGUUGCAGUCAAGAGGAAAAUUCAGCUGUAUUACUGGAAGGACAGAGAUUUCCAUGAAUUACAGGGGGAUUUCACCGCUCCAGACGUUCCCAAGUCCAUGGCUUGGUGUGAGAACUCCAUAUGUGUGGGUUUCAAACGAGACUACUAUCUGAUCCGGAUGGACGGACGUGGCUCAGUCAAGGAACUCUUCCCCACAGGGAAACAGCUGGAACCACUGGUGGCCCCGCUGGCUGAUGGGAAGGUCGCGGUGGGUCAGGAUGACCUCACGGUUGUUUUGAACGAAGAAGGCGUCUGCACUCAGAAAUGUGCCCUUAACUGGACCGACAUUCCUGUCGCAAUGGAGCACCAGCCACCGUACAUCAUCGCAGUGCUGCCACGCUAUGUGGAGAUCCGCACCCUUGAGCCCAGACUGCUGGUGCAGAGCAUAGAGCUGCAGAGACCGCGCUUCAUCACCUCCGCUGGAUCAAAUGUUGUGUACGUCGCGAGCAAUCACUUCGUUUGGCGUCUGGUGCCCAUCUCUAUAGCCAGCCAGAUACGACAGCUGCUACAGGACAAGCAGUUUGAACUGGCGCUUCAGCUAGCAAAAAUGAAGGAUGAUUCAGAUGCAGACAAGAGACAACAGAUCCAUCACAUUCAGAACCUGUUUGCCUUCAACUUGUUCUGUCAGAAGCGCUUUGACGACUCCAUGCAGGUGUUUUCUAAGUUAGGCACAGACCCCACUCAUGUUAUUGGACUGUAUCCAGACCUGCUGCCCUCUGACUACCGCAAACAGCUGCACUACCCCAACCCUCUGCCCACGCUGUCUGGAGCCGAGCUGGAGAAAGCCCACCUGGCGCUCAUAGACUACCUGGCACAGAAACGCAGUCAUUUAGUGAAGCAGCUGAAUGACCCGGACCCCUUCGCCACCUCGCCUCUCAUGGAGGGGACCCCCACCAUCAAGAGCCGCAAGAAGCUCCUUCAGAUCAUCGACACCACUCUGCUGAAAUGUUACCUCCACACCAAUGUAGCCUUAGUGUCGCCUCUCCUGCGGCUAGAGAACAACCACUGUCACAUCGAGGAGAGCGAGUACGUGCUGAAGAAAGCCCACAAAUACAGCGAACUCAUCAUCCUCUAUGAGAAAAAAGGCCUUCAUCAGAAAGCUCUGCAGGUUCUGCUGGAUCAGUCCACCAAAGCCAACUCUCCUCUGAAGGGGCAUGAGAGGACUGUACAGUAUCUUCAGAGACUCGGUGUGGAGAACCUGGACAUCAUUUUUGAGUUUUCGCCGUGGGUUCUGAAGAUUUGUUCAGAAGAUGGACUGAAGAUCUUCACCGAGGACCUGACGGAGGUGGAGACUCUGCCCAGGGAUAAGGUGUUGAACUUCCUGAAGGAGGGCUUCAAGGAGCUGGCCAUCCCGUACCUGGAGCACAUCAUUCACCUGUGGGACGAGACACAGCCUGAGUUCCACAAUGUUCUGAUCCAGCUCUACCUGGAGAAGGUGCAAGGCCUCAUGAAAGUGUACCUCAGCUCACUGCCUGAAGGUGUUCCAGCUGUGGCUGCAGGAAAGGAGGCGGGAGAGCUGGGAGAGUACAGGAACAAGCUUCUGUCGUUUCUGGAAGUGUCCAGCAGCUAUGAGCCGGAGGGACUCAUCAGUGAUUUCCCGUUUGAUGGUCUGUUGGAGGAGAGGGCUCUUCUUCUGGGUCGUAUGGGGAAACAUGAGCAGGCUCUUUUCAUCUAUGUACACAUUCUCAAAGACACGCGUAUGGCUGAAGAGUACUGCCACGGUCAUUAUGAUCCAUCAGCAAACGGCAAUAAAGAUGUGUAUCUGUCCCUGCUGCGCAUGUAUCUGUCUCCUCCGGACGUGCACUUCCUCGGGCCCAUAAAGAUGCAGUUAUGUGAGCCACAGCCGAACCUCCAGGCCGCCCUGAGAGUUCUUCAGCUCCACCACAGCAAGCUGAACACCACCAAAGCCAUAAACCUGCUGCCAGCCAACACACAGAUCCGAGAGAUCCAGGUGUUUCUGGAGAGUGUGCUGGAGGAGAAGGCUGGGAGGAAGCGCUUUGACCAGGUCCUGAAGAGCCUGCUACAGGCCGAGUUCCUGCGGGUGCAGGAGGAGCGUAUCUUUCACCAGCAGGUGAAGUGUGUCAUCACAGAUGAGAAAACCUGCAGAGUGUGCAAGAAGAAGAUUGGAAACAGUGCCUUUGCCAGGUAUCCUAACGGUGUGGUGGUGCACUACUUCUGCUGUAAAGAUCGCAGCGUGUGUCCAGAGGAGUAGUCGUACCUGCAGACGCCAGAAAUGCCAAACACACUGAGCACGGAGAGCUCUGCAAACGUGAAAACGCCAGACUGACGCGCCGCCGAAGGAAACGCCAGCCUCUCUCUCUCACUCUUUCCAGUGGAAUGGCAAAGCCGACACGUCUGUCUGAAGAAAUUAAUCAACUUCCAAAGAAAAAAACAAAACAUGAACAGUGAGACUAAAUUUCAGAUUUAUAAAGUGUGUUUCUUUGAGAGCUUCACCUAAAUGCACAGACCCUGGCGUCUCUUUUUCCCCUGAGAAGCGCUUAUUCCCUCACAUCCCUCUAUUCUUCUGCGUGUACAGUGCACCUCUUCGUCCAGCAUGACGCUUUGUCCAGUGCCUUUAGUGGCGAGUAAAGGCCUGUGUUUGCGUGCACCUUCAGGUGCUCAGGACUGUUCCUCUGAGCUGCUCUGCUUCGCUCUGUUAGCUUGAGAUGAAAUCAGACUCCAGAUAAAAACCUUCACGUGGCCCUCGACAGAAAGGCCAGCACCUGCACACACACUGCAGGAGAAACAGCCGGAUCAUUUACACUCAGAUACUGCUGACGGCCUUUUUGGCAAGUUAUAUGCUGUAAUUUAAUUACAAGUUAUAUACUGUAAUUACAGAAUAUAGACAAAUACUGUAUUUUUUAGCAAUACGGUCAUUUACCAAAUGCAUUUACCAGUGUAAUACUGUAAUUUUACCACAAAAAUUGCAAUGUGAUAUCACUAUAUUAUUAAAAAUACAGUAUUUUUCUGUAUUCUGAAAUAAUUCAGUUACAGUAACUGGCUUGCCAGUAUUUUACUGUAAAAUUGACUGUUUUUCUGCUAUGGGCUGUCAGAUGGAAGGAUGAAUGCUUCCUCUAGUUUCGACGAUAACUUGUUUACGGCUAGAAGUCUGGAUGUGUAUUUUUUUUCAAUGAAGUCAUUGUGUCUAAUGUUUCGAGUGGUUUGGGUUGUAUGAGGUUUUGGAGAGCGGAGCGGUGACUCUACAAUCACUGUAGCAUGCCACUUUUUCUCUUCUGCUUACUUGAGUGGCUUUAAUUUAUUAUUAACACGCUGUCUUUACUGUCAGGAAUGUUUCACCUGUGUGUGCAGUCGUGUUGCCCAAACUCUGGCUUUCUAAUACAUCUGUCCAAUUAACCCUGUUGUCAGAUGCUUGUUCUGUUAGUUAACUGUAAACCGUGAGCUCAACUGUUGCUCAAACAAAGGCAGGGUCACUUACAUUGAACCUUUGUAACAGGCCUAAAGUGAGUUGCUGGAAAUGGAUCUGAUUGUAUAGCUUGUACAUUAAAUCUGAGGUGGAAGACAAAUCUAAUAAACAUGCAUCUCUUA